ACAGUCACGUGACUGAUACAUUUGCUUAUUUUUCGGUCAUCUCUUGCUUUUAGUCUCGACAAACAUGACCGAACGAUACAGUUUUAGUUUGACAACAUUUAGUCCAACAGGAAAGCUCGUACAGAUCGAGUACGCUUUAGCCGCAGUUGCUGCAGGUAGCCCGUCUGUUGGAAUCAAAGCAACAAACGGAGCAGUGAUUGCAGCUGAGAAGAAGCAGCGCUCUGUUCUAUAUGAUGUUGACAGCAUCUCCAAGGUUGAGAAAAUUACAGAUCACAUUGGAGCGAUUUACAGUGGGAUGGGUCCUGAUUACAGGCUACUGGUACGACAGGCUCGUAAGAUAGCACAACAGUAUUAUCUUGUCUAUCAGGAGCCAAUUCCGACAUCACAAUUGGUGCAACGAGUGGCAAAUGUGAUGCAGGAGUAUACACAAUCCGGUGGUGUGAGGCCAUUUGGAGUGUCGCUACUGAUUACUGGUUGGGACGAUGACAGGCCGUAUCUCUUUCAGUGUGAUCCUUCAGGUACAUAUUUUGCAUGGAAAGCGACCGCCCUCGGCAAGAACCACGUCAACGGCAAGACAUUUUUAGAGAAAAGAUACAACGACGACCUAGAGCUGGAAGAUGCCAUACACACAGCUAUCCUCACACUCAAGGAAAGCUUUGAAGGGCAAAUGACUGAAACAAGCAUCGAGAUUGGUAUCUGCAAACCGGAUGGAUUCCGGAAGUUGUCCACUGCAGAGGUGAAAGACUAUCUAGCAGCUAUCCUGUAGUAGUGUCUUUGUGUUUUAUUGAUUAGCAAUGGGAAAUGACUAGAAUAUAGUAGCGAUCAUGAUCAAA